GAAAAUGGACGAGCAUGAUAUAUUUAAACUAUUAACUGCAGGAGUACGGUUUUCCAAAAAGCCAAAGAACCCCAUCAAACCGAGCAAAACUGUUGUCAGCUCUCAGACAGAGCUGGAGCCGCAGCCGGAGCAGCCGCAACAAGUUAAGAAAGCAGACGAGGAAACAGAAAACACAGAAUUUCGACUACUGGGAGAUGCAGCCGGCGCUCUUGCAGCUGCGCCCAAGCGCAAAAAGGCCAAGGAUGAGAAGAAACUCUCAGCAGAACAGCAGGAACUGCAAAAGAUCACGGAGCAGGCAAAUGCAUCGAGGAAGCAACACAGCAUAACAGCGCUGGGCAAGAACAUUCCGGCGCCCGUGUUAAGCUUCGAUGACCUGAUUAGGGAUUACAAGCUACUGCCACGCCUACAACAGAACGUUCUCUCGUACGGCUUCUCCCAGCCCACACCUAUCCAAAUGCAAGCAUUACCGGUGCUGUUCCAGAAGCGGGCUCUGAUGGCCUGUGCGCCCACUGGUUCCGGAAAGACAUUGGCCUUUCUCACACCGAUUAUCAAUGGCCUCCGCUCCCAUAAAACGACCGGGCUGAGGGCCUUAGUCUUGGCCCCAACGCGAGAGCUGGCGCAGCAAAUCUAUCGCGAGUGUUCAGAGCUGACGAGGGAGACAGGUCUGCGCACUCAUUUCAUCAGCAAAGUAAGCGAAGCUAAGCAAAAGCAUGGAGCGGAGUGCAAGCAGAAGUAUGAUAUUCUCAUCUCCACCCCGAAUCGAGUGAGGUUCUUGCUGCAACAACAACCUCCUCUGCUCGAUCUUAAGGGUGUCGAGUGGUUUGUACUGGACGAGGCGGAUCGACUGAUGGAGGAGGGACAAAACAACUUUAAGGAACAGCUGGAUGACAUCUACGCCGCCUGUUCGCAUCCGCAGAAGUGCGUGGCCUUUUUCAGUGCCACAUACACGGUCCCUGUGGCCAAGUGGGCGUUGCGGCAUCUCAAGAACCUUGUACGGAUCACAAUUGGUGUGCAGAACAGCGCCACGGAUACAGUCCAACAGGAACUGCUGUUCGUUGGAUCCGAGAGUGGCAAGCUGGUGGCCAUGAGAAACCUGGUGCGCCAAGGCCUUCAGCCGCCUGUUCUUGUCUUUGUCCAAAGCAAAGACCGUGCAAAGCAGUUGUUUGAAGAGCUGCUCUACGACGGCAUCAACGUGGACGUGAUUCACGCCGAGCGUUCCCAGCAUCAACGUGAUAACUGCGUGCGUGCCUUCCGCGAGGGAAACAUUUGGGUCCUGAUUUGCACGGAGCUUAUGGGGCGCGGUAUUGACUUCAAAGGCGUUAAUCUUGUCAUUAAUUAUGAUUUCCCACCCACGACCAUCUCUUACAUUCAUCGCAUUGGGCGCACGGGUCGCGCGGGUCGUCCAGGCCGUGCCAUUACCUUCUUCACGCAGGAUGAUACGGCAAAUUUGAGAAGCAUUGCCUUGAUCAUUAAGAACUCCGGCGGUACUGUUCCGGAAUACAUGCUACAAAUGAAGAAAGUUCGCAAAUCGGAGGCCAGAAUACGAGCCAAGAAGCCACUGGAGCGCGAGGACAUUUCCACAAAAAUACGACCAGAGGCUAGUAUUGAGGCAACCCAGAAAUCCGCAAAACUGCAGAAGAUUCAGAAAACGGAAAAUAUUCUCAAAAAGCGCGCAGGCAGGGAAAACGCUACCAAAACGACACAAAAAACUGAAAGUGGUCUGAACAAGCUCACGAAAAAAGCUGUUGAGCCAAAACUGAAAAAGUUGAAAAAAAUUAAAAAAGAUUUGAAAGCCUAGAUAGUCAGCAAUAGUAGUCGUAAAAGUAUGUUUAAGCUGAAAACAGUAAAAUAAAAUAAUUUCUGCUCCGA